GAAGCGCCGUCAUUUGCACAGACAGUUCCGUGUUUUCUGGUGUGUUGACGGGGCUCGUGCUGAAGGCUGGUUCGGAGAUGCUCGUAGGCCCCCCCCCCUUCGUCACCGCCCGCCCGACUCUCGCGAUCCUUGCCUCCAAGACCGCCGCCUCGUCGCCGCAGCUGCGGGUCACGCUCGUGACGCACGCGGAGCUCGAGCACGCACUCCGCGAGGGCGGGGCAGACGCGCUGCUGCAGGAGAACGUGGCGCUGAGGCGCCUGGCCGUGCCGUGCUUCAUGGAGGCCCCGCGAGCGCCAGCACAGUCUGCCGGAACGCCCUGGAGUGGGGCCCCAGCGCAGAAUCUGCCGUGCAUUCUGGACGUUGGCGGUCAGCGUCGUGCCGAGUGGAUCGCGGCUGCGCUGCACGCCAAGGACGCGGACGUGCUGGUGGGUAAUGAUCGGCGGAUUUAG